UCUCUGUUCUCUGUCUCGGUUCUAAAGAAUUUCCUCUAAUACUUCUUUCUGUAGUUUUGGAGCUUAUGAGGAUUCGCUCUGUUGUCGCUCCUGCACCAGCUCUUACUGAGCACCAACACUCACAUCAUCAUCAUCAUCUCAACUCAAGUCCUCCUCACUCUGAAAAUCAUCAGAACCACCACAUUUUUCGAGCUUGGGAUACCUUCCUCAUGAUACUCGUACCCAUUAUCUCCAUUGUCUUACUAGUUGCGAUGUUUAUCCUUAUUGCAAUAGUCCGGAGGCUCAAGUCCAGCAAAAACAGUUCCAAUGGCAAACCCACAGCUAGUAGCAGAAGCAACAACAAUAUUCCCAAGUUCGCUGCUCAUAUUUCUAUUGAGUUCAGCUCUAGCCCUGACGUGAAGCGUGGUUGCUUAUAUGGAGGAAAUUUAGGUCGUCUACCCUCAGCAAAACUCAAAGGGAUUCAAGUUUUCACCUACAAGGAGCUUGAAUUAGCUACAGAUGGAUUUGCAGAAGCAAAUGUGAUUGGAAGUGGAGCUUGUGGAGUCGUCUAUAGAGGGACUCUGAGUGAUGGGACUGUGGCAGCAGUCAAGAAGCUUCGAAGGGAUGGCAGGCAAAGGGAGCGCGGGUUCAGAUUUGAGGUGGAUUUGCUGAGCCAGUUGCGUGCACCCUACUUGGUGGAGCUACUUGGCUAUUGUGCAGACCAGAACUAUCGACUUCUCAUCUUCGAAUUCAUGCCUAAUGGUAGUCUGCAAAACCACAUCCACCCAACUGGAAGUCAACGUCAGCCAUUGGAUUGGGGGACUCGAUUGAGGAUUGCCCUUGAUUGCGCAAAAGCUCUAGAGUUCCUCCAUGAGCAUGCAGUUCCAUCUGUUAUCCACCACAACUUCAAAUGCAGCAAUGUCUUAUUGGAUCAUAACUUCAGGGCCAGAACUUUGGAUUUUGGGUUGGCUAAAAUGGGUCCAGACAAGAUCAAUGAUCAGAUAUCGACCACGGCACUGGGGACUGCAGGCUACGUUGCACCUGAGUAUGCUUCAAUGGGUAAGCUGACAACCAAAUCAGAUGUGUACAGUUAUGGGGUGGUUCUCCUAGAGCUUCUAACAGGCCGCACCCCAGUUGAUACAGAUCGGCCUCCUGGAGAACAUUUCCUUGUCUCAUGGGCUCUUCCGAGGUUGACCAACAGAGAGAAAGUCAUUGAAAUGGUUGAUCCAGUUCUCCAAGGACAGUAUUCAAAGAAGGAACUGGUCCAGGUAGCUGCAAUUGCUGCUGUAUGUGUGCAACCAGAAGCUGAUUACCGACCUCUAAUGAUUGAUGUUGUGCAAUCUCUAAUUCCACUGGUCAAGAGCCUCCCUUCUACACAUCCUUCAACUUCUUCCAGAUUUUUCAGUCAAACCUCAAGUGCCAGGUCUUAAUUCAAAAGUUAUGGAAGCUGCAGCAUCACCAAACAUCAUUGCUUUCAAUUCCUCCAGAUAUUCUUUCAGAGCAUUAUUUUGUGCCCU